GACGGACAUCCACGACGGCCGCAAGAAGGUGUUCAUGCGCGUGCCGGCGCGGUCACUGAUCAGGAUCGCCGUGGUCUCCGCAGAUGCUGAAUCCGUAGAGGUGGUUUUGGAGGACAGCGGCCACCAGCCCAUUGUCCCGGGGGACACUCACAUUCUCGGUUCCGCUGGUGGACGCGCAGCAAGCUAUUCCUUGGAGGGUGGAGGAAAUCU